AUGAUCAUUCAUCGGUUAUCAUUGUUCACUAUUUAUAUUAUUUCAUUUACUCUUGCUAAUCCAACUAAUUUUACUGCAAAACAUCGUAAAACAUUAGAUGAUUCAUCAUCAGUAAGUGGUCGAUCGGCUAUUUCAAUUAUUGAAGAAGAUAAACGAUGUUUUGCAUGUCCAAUUAUUCCCGAUACAGGCAUUCAAAGUCGAUGUAUUGUACCUUGUCAUUAUAAUCAAAGAUGUUAUUUGAAAGCUUUUCAUGCUAAUGCUACACUCACUGAUCGCCGUUGUACUGAUGAACGAUGGGUACGUGAUUUACUUGUCGAUGGUUGUCUUACAUACAAUGGUCAAUAUUGGUGUAUGUGUUCAACUGAUUUAUGUAAUUCCGGUGAUUUUACAUCCAUUCGUGGUUAUGAUGAUUGUUCAAGUGAUCCAUGUCCAUGGGGUACAAUAUGUCUUGAUACGAAAGAUGGAUUUAGUUGUAUAUGUCCACCAUGGCAAGAUGAUUGCACUUAUGCUUUUAACAUUGGUUGUUCUUGUAAGAAUGGUGGUCGAUGUAUUAUGGGUCUUGGAUCUUAUAUAUGUGAAUGUCCAUAUGGUUAUAAUGGAUUAAGUUGUGAAACAAGAGAUAUAUGUAUUCCAAAUCCAUGUAUGAAUGGUGGUACAUGCCAAUCACAAGGCUUACUUAGUUUUACAUGUCAAUGUCGACCAGGAUUUCAAGGACUUACUUGUCAGAUAUGCGAUGCUUGUAUUCCGAAUCCUUGCCAAAAUGGCGGAACGUGCAUUUUUGAUGAAGCAACAGGAUACUUUCGAUGUUCUUGUCCACCGGGAUAUACAGGUCGUACGUGUGAUAUUGGCACCACAGUAACUGUUCCUCCUCUUAAUCCAUGUUCGCCAAAUCCUUGUCAGAAUGGAGGUACAUGUCAACCAACUAAUACAGGAAGUUUUACAUGUUCAUGUCCUGCUGGCUACCAAGGAGUUUGUUGUGAAAUUCGUUCAGAUCCUUGCUCGCCAAAUCCGUGCCGAAAUGGGGGUACAUGUCAACCAACGAAUACAGGAAGUUUCAUGUGUUUAUGUCCGACUGGAUUUCAAGGAAUUUGUUGUGAAACUCGCAUAGAUCCAUGUUCGCCAAACCCAUGUCAAAAUAAUGGUAUCUGUACAGCAAGUGGAAUGUCUAUUGUUUGUACAUGUUCGACUGGAUUUACUGGACAACGUUGUGAAACACGUGAUCCUUGUGCACAAAAUCCUUGCCUUAAUGGUGGUCAAUGUGUGUCAAAUGGAAUGGGUGGAUUUACAUGUAUGUGUCCAAAUCCAUAUACUGGUCAACGAUGUGAAGAUCGUAUUGAUCCUUGUGCUAGUCAACCAUGUCGAAAUGGGGGUACUUGUCAACCUGGAAAUGGUAAUUCAUAUCAAUGUAUUUGUCCACCUGGUUACUCAGGUUUUGAUUGUUCAACACGUGAUCCAUGUGCAGAUAAUCCUUGUUUGAACGGAGGAUCUUGUAUGACGAAUGGUUUCGGAGGAUUUACUUGUCAAUGUCCACCGGGAUUUAGUGGUCAACGAUGUGAAAAUCGUGAUCCUUGUGCAUCUCAACCCUGUAUGAAUCAAGGCAGCUGUAUGCGAGAUAAUGGUGGUUUUCGUUGUAUCUGUCCACCAGGAUAUUCUGGAAGUCGAUGUGAAAUCCGAGAUGCAUGUCAACCAAAUCCUUGUAUGAAUGGAGGAGCAUGUCGACCUGUAAAUGGAAAUGGUGGAUAUCAAUGUAUGUGUCCAACUGGUUUUACGGGUCCACGUUGUGAAACAAGAGAUUCUUGUAAUCCAAAUCCUUGUUUGAAUGGAGGCACCUGUAUGGCAAAUGGAUUCGGCGGAUUUACUUGUCAAUGUCUACCGGGAUUUAGUGGUCAACGAUGUGAAGAUCGUGAUCCUUGUGCAUCUCAACCCUGUAUGAAUCAAGGCAGCUGUAUGCGAGAUAAUGGUGGUUUUCGUUGUAUUUGUCCACCAGGAUAUGCUGGAAGUCGAUGUGAAAUUCGUGAUGCAUGUCAACCAAAUCCUUGCAUGAAUGGAGGAGCAUGCCAACCUACAAAUGGAAAUGGUGGAUAUCAAUGUAUGUGCCCAGCUGGUUUUACGGGUCCACGUUGUGAAACAAGAGAUGCUUGUACUCCGAACCCCUGUUUGAAUGGAGGAACUUGUAUGGCGAACGGACUUGGGGGAUUUGCUUGCCAAUGUCCACCGGGUUUUAGUGGUCAACGAUGUGAAGAUCGUGAUCCUUGUGCAUCUCAACCCUGUAUGAAUCAAGGUACCUGUAUGCGAGAUAAUGGUGGUUUUCGUUGUGUUUGUCCAUCAGGAUAUUCUGGAAGUCGAUGUGAAAUUCGUGAUGUAUGUCAACCAAAUCCUUGUAUGAAUGGAGGAACAUGCCGAUCUGUAAAUGGAAAUGGUGGAUAUCAAUGUAUAUGUCCAUCUGGUUAUAGUGGUCAACGAUGUGAAAAUAGAGAUCCAUGUGCUCAAAAUCCAUGUUUAAAUGGUGGUCAAUGUGUUGCAAAUAAUUUGGGUGGUUUUACUUGCGUAUGUGUUCCACCAUAUACUGGUCAACGCUGUGAAGAUUCAAAUCCAUGUGCUAGUAAUCCUUGUGGUAAUAAUGGUCAAUGUAUUCAAAGUAAUGGCGGAUUUUAUUGUGAAUGUAAUCUUGGUUUUUUUGGUAAUCGAUGUGAACGUCGUGUUUGUGAACCGAAUCCUUGUACGAAUGGAGGUACAUGUGAGCCUCGUCCUAAUGGUGUUUUCCAUUGUAUUUGUCCACCUGAAUAUCAAGGUCAACGUUGUGAAUUUCUUUGUGAACCAAAUCCAUGUGUUAAUGGAGGAACUUGCAGCCCAUAUGGUCUUGAUACCUAUUCUUGUAAUUGUCCAUUUGGUUACACUGGUCGAAAUUGUGAAACGCGCGAUCCAUGUAUUCCAAAUCCAUGUAAAAAUAACGGUCGUUGUCGACCAAAUACUGCCGCUGGUACUUAUGUAUGUGAUUGCCCUGUAAAUUUUGUUGGUACAAAUUGUGAAACAAGUGAUCCAUGCGCAGUAAAUGCUUGUCUCAAUGGUGGUCAAUGUAUGCCAAAUGGAAUGGGUGGAUUUACAUGUAUGUGUCCAAAUCCAUAUACUGGUCAACGAUGUGAAGAUCGUAUUGAUCCUUGUGCUAGUCAGCCAUGUCGAAAUGGAGCUACUUGUCAACCUGGAAAUGGUAAUUUAUAUCAAUGUAUUUGUCCACCUGGUUACUCAGGUUUUGAUUGUUCAACACGUGAUCCAUGUGCAGAUAAUCCUUGUUUGAACGGAGGUACUUGUAGGACGAAUGGUUUCGGAGGAUUUGCUUGUCAAUGUCCACCGGGAUUUAGUGGUCAACGAUGUGAAGAUCGUGAUCCUUGUGCAUCUCAACCCUGUAUGAAUCAAGGCAGCUGUAUGCGAGAUAAUGGUGGUUUNAGAAGUAAGAAUAUCUGGAUGACAUAG